AUGGAAUGUAUUGGUGGAAAGUUGGAUGAAGAUGAAGCAGUGGAAAAGGUACUUAGAUCUCUUCCCAAAUAUUAUAGUUCAAAAGUAUAUGUUAUUGAAGAAUGCAAAGAUUUGGAAAAAUAUACUAUGGACCAACUAUAUGGUGUUCUCACUGCCUUUGAGAUGAGAGGAUUUGAAUUAGAUAACCCUAAGAAGGAAGUUGCAUUCAAAACCUAUAAGAAAUUGGAAGAUGAUGCUGAUCUAAAUGUUGAGCCUAAUGUUGAAGGAGAAAAUUUUGUGAGAAGAUUGGAGAAAGGCACCGACAAAUAUGAAGCUAAGGAAUAUGAUGAUUCAAAUGAUGAAACACUAUUUAUGGUCAUGAAAGUUGAUAAUAUUGAAAAAUGUGUGAAGUUUGGAUCCCCACCCACUACUGAAAAACAUCAAAGAUCAUUUAUUGUGUGGACUGCCCCUCAUGCAAAAGAAAAACCAAAUGAUUGGGUGAUUGACAGUGGAUGUUCCAAUUACAUUAUUAAUCUUAAAAUAUGGAAUGGUGGAUCAAUUAAGUUUGGUUGUGAAGAGUUUUCUCAGACUAGUGGUAAAGGAACCAUUACCAUAGAUGGAAAGAACAAGACAAAGGAUGUUCUUUAUGUUAAGGGAUUGAAACAUAAUCUUCUCAACGCCAGUCAGAUGUGCAACAAAGGAUAA